CUGAACUGCGUCAUCCCGCCGAACGCCAAGGUCAUCCUCGUCGGCGCCAACGGCGCGGGCAAGUCGACGCUGCUGCGCAUCCUCACGGGCGUCAUCUACCUGGGCCUCGAGCACGACGAGUUCGACAUCAACGGCAACGCGACGCCCCACGACCAGGCGAACGGCGUCGCGUACCUCGGCGGCGUCUGGAAGCGGCGCCGCACGGGCUUCGAGGGCAUCGAGCCCUUCUCCAUGGACAUCGCCGCGCGCGACAUGAUGAAGAAGUGGCAGGCCGAGAACCUCGAGCGGCGCGACGAGCUCGUGCGCGUGCUGGGCAUCAACCUCGACUGGCGCAUGCACGAGUGCUCCGACGGCCAGCGGAAGAAGGUGCGCAUCAUGCUCAAGCUGCUGCGCCCCUUCCGCCUCUGCGUCAUCGACGAGUUCGCCGCGGACCUCGACAUCUUCUCGCGCAAGCGCUUCUUCGACUACCUCACGCGCGAGUGCGCCGCGCGCGGCGCGUCGGUCGUCUACGCGACGCACAUCUUCGACCAGGCCGACGUCUGGGCGACGCACGUCGCCUUCAUG